AUGGACCCUAAACACCCACAUCGCCAGCAUUUCACCCAUCCCUCAACAUUUGGGGCUCCUCCAGAACCCAGUCACGACCCGUUACCACCUCGCCUUUACGGCCCUGGCUCUUUGCCAACAAAUGAGAGAUCCCAUGUAGCCUACGACCCGUUAGGUCGACGAGAAAAUGACCUCUCACAGCGAGCUCCUCCAAGAUCCCAUCCUCCGUCUCUUGACUACCACCCCCCUCAUUCCUUCCAUCAUGAGCUCGUCCCCCAUCCAAAACCCUCACAAUCGCAAGGACCAUUCGCACCCCUUCAUCCUGAGCCCCCGCCAGCUUUCCAUUCCAGACAUGUGAUUCACAGUUCAAGCAUAACAGAUGGCGAGAGAAGAGUGAUGGAGCAAAAUACCACCAUAUAUCGUGAAGCACUUCAUCCUCCGGCGCAACAACAACAACCUCACCGUCAUCAACAUCCGCAACAUCCACAACAUCCACAACAUCCACCCCCGCCCACCCCCCCCCACGCCAUGUCGCGAGACAUGUCGCAUCCCCCACAACCAUACGAGCAUGCCAGGCGGCGGUCGCUGGGUAGCAAUGGCAGUCCUCCCGUCUAUCCUGCAGGACAAGGUGACCACUCAAGGACCCAACAACCUCCCCCACCCGCUUCUUCAUAUAAUAAUCGCCAGAUGCUUCCUCCGUCCCCUCCGCAACAUUAUCAUACUCGUGGCGCGCCUAUUCCACCUCCUCCUCCCGCACCAACUUCGUUUCCUCCACGUGAACCUCCCCAACCCUCCGCACAUCGUCCUGGAAGUAGCAUGUCAAUAUCCUCGAUGCUAGGAUCAGAUUCAGAUCGCCCCCCUCGCGAUACUGGCCCAUCAUCACUCUACAGUCGCCCUGCCGCAUCCCCGGUCCCAGGCGGUGUGCACGGACCAACAACCGUUGCGAUGUCUCCCCCAUCUGCCCCGCCAAGACAACCGCAGCCACAGCCAACUUCUGAUUUUCCUCCUUUGAGACGUUCUCACACUCCCGAUAGGGCCCUGUUUUCAAAGGUCCAGCCACCUCGUCCAUUCCGGUCAACUUCUGGAAGUCUUCCCCAAAACCCACCUCCGCAUGCUCCAGAGGAUACCUCGCGUUUUGGGAGUUUGUCGAGGUCCCAGGGCCUGUCCUCGAUAUAUGCAGAAAAGCCACAAAAUUCCCAGCAAACUCCACCUGGGCCGUUUGCGGGACCAUCAUAUAAUGAAGGCAGACGUGUUAGCGUAAGCGGACCAAUUCAAAGGCCAAGCAGUCAGCCGCAUCAAGAGGAGCCUUCCAUGAGAAGAUCGUUAUUCAGUCCGGGGUCAAGGCCAGUGGGUCCCAAUUUUGGAGAAGGCCCCCCUAAAGAACCAGGAGCACAACGUGCAGCACACGGAUAUCACACAGCUGAACCAACAUCCCACGCGCAGCAAAGAUACAGCCUUCAACAGCAAGAACGUCAUGCUCCCACAGAGCCGGUGAGUCGUGAACAAGAGCUUUCCAGUCGAGUAUCUCAUGAUAUGAAACAGCAGCAAGCACGAUUUGGGCCUCCAUUCGGAGAGCGAGAACAGGAAGCUUCCCAGCGAUCCUCUUGGGAUUCAGGUAGCACCCAGCGCUUGUCUCCUGAAACUGCUCGCCACCCUGCCGCUGAUCCAUCCUCCGGUUUUGGGUUCAGCGGUAUGCAAAACUAUACGAAAUCACUUGGAUCUCAGUUACCUGGACCUCGAUCUAUUUCCGGAUCGCAAAUACAACAGCAAAGGCCCGAGCUUUCACAGCACAAUGAUUCAUCCUCCACUCCAAGCCUAGGCAAGUUCCAGGAACCUUCUCGGGUUUUUUCCCCAACCCCCGGGUCAUCCUCACUAAGACCCUUUGGCACCAUAGUCGAUGACCAGAAACGUAAAGCCAGCGAUGAACCCCUCCAAUACCGGAACCUUCUCAGCCUGACGGAGAACAAGCGAGAAGGAAGGGCAUCGCCGCUUCCACGAGCCGUUCAGAGCAUGCAGGCACCAAUGAUCGCCCCAGGAGACGAAGCUGGCAUUAAGAGCGAGCUUGGUCGUGUUUUCUCGGGAAUUGGAACUGGUGUUGGCGUCGCCACAGCUAAUCAUGCUGGCAGUGGACCUCCCACACCGAUGACAUCGAGCCCAUUUAAACGGGACGCUAUCGCGGCACGCUCAGCUGGUGCGGAAAUGAAUGAAACCGCUGCCACAAAGUCAAUUCGGACUAGUUCUCUUGCUGGCGCAGCGCGGCGUGGCCGAAAACCUAAAGAUGAUGAUAUGAAAGCUGACGCUGAAAGCGGGGCUGGUCCCCGUGGUACAACAACCCGGGGGCGAAGGGCUCGACACGUCCACCAUCACCAUCAUCAUGGUCAACAUGAUCAUCAUAGAUAUAAGCCGGAAGAAGAAACUUCCAGAUCUGUAAUUACCCAAAACACUGCACCAUCAGCCUUGGCACCCGGUUUCCGAUCACCUAUAACCCCCGACGGCAAUGCCGCUUCCUCCCAAAAUUUCGGUCCUCACCACCAUCACCACCACCAUCACCAUCAUCAUCAUGUUCCACGAGCCGGCAGUGGUGCUGCUGCAUCGACUGGCCCUCCUACGACCUCCACCCCGGCACUUCCGUUACGCGAGUAUUGCACAAUUGUAAAUUUGCAACCCCUUCUGCGCAGCGUUGCUCAUCGCCCCAGGCAUCAUCUAGGUUCCACACUCUACUCUCCCAAGAUCGGUGUACCUACCUCCAGAGCUUCCCCCGAAAGUUCCAAAUUCGGCUAUGUAAGCACACCAGUACCCAUCCCACGGUUCGAAGGCAAGGAAAAUUGCACAUACACGAUACGUGUGCCACGGUUCCGGAUUGAUGCCAGUCACAGGGAAGAGAUCUGUGCACGACGGGCACUCUGGGGCACGGGUGUGUAUACGGAUGACUCGGAUCCUGUGGCGGCAGCGAUUCACUCUGGGUUUAUUCGUGGUGAAUGGGGAGAGGAUGUGGAUGUUUCCAUGUUAGACUUGGAGAUUAAGGAACAGCAUCAACAUGCGCCAAAUGGGAAAAAUGGUAAGAGCAGCAUGUUGCCAAAAUUCUCUUCUGCAGACGAACCGGCGAUGACAGCCAACAACCCCACCACCAUCGCUUCCGCUGCAUCCCAAAACCCGGAUAAACCCCAAACAACCUCAAUCUCAUCAACAACUAAACCACCCCCCAAAAUCCCUCCCCUUCCCCCGUCCAACAAAGACCUACACAUCACCCUUCUCAUACUCCCAACUCUCGAACGCUACGACUCCACCGUGAUGUACGGCCUCAAGUCGCGGGCGUGGGGGGAUAAUCAUGACGGGAUGAGUUUUAAGGUCGAGCGGAUCGAAUGGGUUGAUGAAGGGGGUUCGAACGGAGAGGAGAGGGGCGGGGAGGCGCGCCGGAAGAGGUUGAGGAGUAUGAUGCGGUCUGGGCGAAUUUGUACUCCUGGUAGCAAUGGGUUAAAGGGGAAAGGGGCUGGUGGGGUGGAGGUGCAUAGGGCGAAAAUGGGGGGCUUGAGUUUGAGUAUGGGUAUGGGUGUUAAUGGAGGGGAAGAGAGGGGCGUUAACAAGGCUGUUGAGUCUGUGUCGUGA